UUUCCGCCUUUUUUGAUCACCUGCAACUUAUGUAGAAACUCUAUCGAUCGAUUAUUAUUACAUAUUUGGAGUCUCGCUAUGGUGUUUUGUUCAAAAAGGAAAGGGACCUUAACCAGGCCUCCUGUACCCUAAUCCAUUUUGAGCGGACGACUCCUCAUUUUUCUCGCAGGUUGAAGACCAGAAAUCGAAGGUUGCAAGUCAGAUUUGGGAUCGAAAGUUUGAGGUUUAGGGUACGAUCGGAAGCAUCAAGAUGCAGAAAAAAAAGCGGAGGAGGCAUCAGGUACGAAGAUUAUUCUCUUCUUCUCCAUUUGUUUUUUUGGAAUGACGACCUCUCCUCUUAGGAGUAAGUCCUGAGUCCCCAAUACUUGAUCUGCAAGCUGUGACAUGAGUUUUUAGUGAAGAUAAUGAGUAGCAGACUUCAAAACCCAUUUUUUGGGGCAGCUUUUCAAUCUUCCUUAAAGCCAAGAAACGUGAACUGUUUGGGUUAUCUUGGAAACAAAUUUCCCAGAAAACCUCGGUAUGAUAUCAUUCCACGUGCCAAGAAAAACGACUGGAUAUCUCACGGGAUUAGGUUCUCACAAUCAUUCGGGGAAAAUGUUGAGAUUUUAUGGAAGAAUAUGGGAUUAAGAAGUGGGUUUGUGGUGAAGUCCGUGAAAGAGCCUUACACUAGAAGCAAAGCUAUAGUUAGGUCAUUAUCCACAGUCUGGGAGGAAGGUUUGCUUCUAUUCCAGUGUUCUGUUUUCUAUGCUGUGAUAUCUGGGGUGUGCUUGUUGUUAUGGUACAGUCAACUUAAAGCAAAUACAUUAAUAGAAUCAAAGCUUUUUCCUUCAGUUUGCGCAACAUUAAGCGAUUAUAUCCAAUGCGACCUUCAUUUUUGUAAAGCUCAAAGUGUUUCUCCUUUGAGCAUUACAUUGGAGUCAUGCUGGAUUAGGCCUCACAAGGAAGAGUUCUCUUUUGGUGAGGUCCCGACUCUAAAAUUACUUUUUCACCCCUUUUCAAGUUUGAGAACGGGAACGAUUGUAAUUGAUGCAGUUGUGUAUAAUCGCACAUUGUUGGCUGUUCAAAAGAGAAAAUAUUUGUGGUUAGGGAUACCCUUUACAGAUGGCGUUCUUCAGAAGCAUUUGUCAACUGAAGAAGGUAUUGAUAAUCGUACAAAAAUCAGAAGAAAUGCUCGAGAGCAAACUGUAGCCCAGAGUAAUAUAAGGCUUGAAGAUGCCUUUAGAAAUAGUAAAGAUAGCCAUUUGAAGGAUUUUACCUCAACAAAUCCUUAUACAACAACAGAAGCUUCUGUUAAUAAGUCUUCUCCUGAGAUACCUUCAUCUUCUAACAACUCAAAUCACAAUGUUCAACAAGGCGACGGCUCAAUAUACAGAGGUGCAUUGUUAGGGACAUAUGAAGAUAACAGAUUUAAAUCCGAGUCAAAGAAGCCUUAUCUCAAGUCAAUUGGCUCUCUUAACCUUGGAGGUGGACCCGAGUUAGAAAAGAAACUCAAGUACACAGAGCAUGUUUGCUCAGGGGUAAUUUUGGGAAAAGAGCUUGUAAAUGCACCUCCCAAUGUACUUACCCCUGGGGUAUCAGCGGAAGAAGCUGAAAAGAUUGCUUCAACAAUCGAUUGUGAUAAGUUAUCUGAUAUAGGUUCCGAGUAUGAAGGGUUUUGGAUUGACACAGCUGAUAAGCAACCUUGCAUUGGUAUGGGUGGUAUGAUACCAUGGAAGCUUCAUGUUACAGGGAAGCUUUUUCAUAGUGGUCUAGCACACAAGGGUGAUUCUCUACUGAUUAUUUUGAAGAGUUUUAUAGAGAAGCAAUCUGCUCAAAGCACACGAAAGUUAUCCUUAUGUCAGCAACAGUCGAUUCACAACUAUUUUCUCAUUACUUUGGUGACUGCCCUGUUAUUCAUGCACAAGGCAGAACACAUCCUGUACCAACAUACUUCCUUGAAGACAUUCAUGAUAGUGUAGAUUAUAAGCUAGCUUCAAAUUCUCUAGCUUCUUUGAGAUCCAAUGCACCAAAACAGAAGGACACAGAAGAAGAAGAUACACUUCAAGUUAAGAUCCAUUUUGAAGUGAUGUUGUUUCGUAUCUAUAUUAUGUAUUUUACUACAUGUAAUAACCAAAAGUCAAGGGUUGUUUUAGGUAUUUUCGUAGAAUUAUUUUUUGUACCAACAAAAUCCAUAAAAAACAUUACAACUUUGAAUCUCAACUUUCACUUUAUUUCUUGAAGCUGACAAAAACAAAGGUCUUGCCUUCCCUCAACAAAAGCUUAUGUCUCUUCAAUACCAUCCGGAAGCUUCUCAUGGACCCCACAAUUCAUACCUUGGUUGAUGAUUUGUCAAGAAUGUUCAGACUAUUUUCCAAAAAUACCCCAUGGAUUGGAUCCUGUCUCUAGUAUGUUUAAAAAGGUUUGUGAUUUAGAAGCUUUCGAGGAAACAAGACUCAAGCAAAAGUAAACACACACAGAGUUGUUGGCACAUAGUAAGCUAGAUAAUGCAAUUGUAUAUAAAUGAGUUCAUUUUUUUAUAACAUUUACUCACU